UCGCCGUGUAUUCAUCUGCCAACAGUCCCUAAUGUUAGGUUUCAGUCAACAGACAUUAAAACUCUCCCUUUUGCCCUCCUUGGUAAGCCUUGUGCUGGGAUUUGCAGUUCCAGCCUAAGGCAUUUUAAAGGGAACAGAGGCCUGUCUCUGAUUAAUUCACAUAAGGCCCUUUUAUCUUUACCUUCUGCUAACACCCCAAAGUGCCAGCUUAUACUGCCUUGUCCUAAAGGGCCGCUUAUUUCAUUCCCCCGUCUGCUAACAGACACCCUUCCCUGCCUUGUGGAUGUGUUGCCUUUAUAGGUAGAGUAGGCUGUUCCUGGCCGUUCACCUGCUGCACAGACUGGGAUUAGCCCAGCGUUGAAGGAUUUUUGAUCUCCCACAUCGCCCCCAAACCUCGCAGCCAUCCCAGUUGGGGACAGGGGCGGUACUCCAUCAAAACUAGGCAAUACCAAGCUGGGGACAGCUGCUUUACCAAUAAAGGGUUUUACAAGCCUACUUAAAAUAAGGGAGUUUAAUUCUUCCCAACUGUUAGGAUACUUUUUCCAAGCCCUUAAUUAUAUUGGGAAUUGGGGUGAAGGAAGAGGCAGGAACCUUUUGCAAUGGGCAGAAUGAUGAAAAGCUGCCUUCUUUUCCUCUUUGGAAGAAGUCUAAUGAUCCCAACUGCUGCAAGUUUUUCCUGUUUAUCACUCCGGAGUCAGAUUUAACCUCCAGUUUUGUUACUAAGAUGGGAAUCCACGGUUUGGCCAAACUGAUUGCAGACAUCGCUCCUGCUGCCAUCCGAGAGAAUGACAUUAAGAGUUAUUUUGGUCGGAAGGUGGCCAUUGAUGCUUCUAUGAGUAUUUACCAGUUCCUGAUUGCUGUACGACAAGGGGCUGAUAUGCUACAGAAUGAAGAAGGUGAGACCACAAGCCACCUGAUGGGUAUGUUCUACCGCACCAUCCGCAUGGUGGAAAAUGGCAUCAAGCCUGUCUAUGUCUUCGAUGGCAAACCCCCAGAGUUGAAGUCUGGUGAAUUGGCUAAGCGCACUGAGCGGAGAACUGAAGCAGAGAAGCAGCUGCAAGAGGCCAAAGAGGCAGGGGAGGAGGAAAAUGUAGAAAAGUUCAGCAAAAGGUUAGUUAAGGUGACCAAGCAGCACAAUGAUGAAUGCAAAAAGCUGCUGACCUUGAUGGGCAUCCCUUAUGUGGAUGCACCUGGUGAAGCUGAAGCUAGCUGUGCUGCCCUGGUGAAAGCUAGCAAGGUGUAUGCAGCUGCAACAGAGGAUAUGGACUGCUUGACCUUUGGUAGCCCUGUACUAAUGCGACAUCUUACAGCCAGUGAGGCAAAAAAACUGCCCAUUCAGGAAUUCCACCUGAACCGUAUUCUUCAGGAUAUGAGCCUGACUCACAAGGAGUUUGUGGAUCUUUGCAUAUUGCUGGGUUGUGACUACUGUGAGAGCAUUCGUGGUAUUGGACCCAAGCGUGCUGUGGAGCUCAUCAAGCAGCACAAAAGCAUAGAAAAGAUCAUUCAACAGAUAGAUACCAAGAAAUACUCGCUGCCUGAGAACUGGCUGCACAAAGAGGCCCAACAGCUCUUCUUGGAGCCUGAAGUCAUUGACCCAGACACUGUGGAGCUGAAAUGGACUGAACCAGAUGAAGAAGGGCUUAUUAGUUUCAUGUGUGGGGAGAAGCAGUUCAACGAAGAAAGAAUCCAUAAUGGAAUCAAGAGACUCAACAAGAGUCGCCAGGGUAGCACUCAGGGCCGACUUGAUGACUUCUUCAAGAUCACAGGUUCUAUCACUUCAGCCAAGCGCAAAGAACCAGAACCCAAGGGAUCUGCCAAGAAGAAAGCAAAGGGCAGUGGUGCUGCAACAUCAAAGUUCAAGAGAGGAAAGUAAACAUUAUUUUUUAAAACUCUGUUACUCCCCUUCCACUGGAUCCAUAGUAAACUGCCAACACAGCUCUAACUUACUGUAGAUCUGCAGUACCCAAAAACUGUGCAGCUAUUGCCAGGCCUUCAGUUCAAGCUAAACUGAUGCAUGGGGAAGAUUGCUUUUGCCGACAAAAUGUUUGACACUGCUGAUUACUGGACACAGAUCUUGUGAAGAUGACUCUAGGUACUUCUCUCAAGGAAUCUAGAGGGUGUUGGUCCUGCCUCUGAAUGCUGUAAACUAUCAGCCAUCUAUAGUAGGAGGCUUAGUCUGUCUUUGCUAGAUAUGCUACACUGACAUGACUUUAGUUUUGAUUUGUAGAUUUCAAUAAAUAUUGAUGACCA